GUCUUGAAGCUUAGAGUGAAGGUUUCUCUUCACGGUGCAUGGACGGAAAGCCAAUGCGCAGGUGUACCAGUACUCGACCAGGAGAGACCGGAAUGGACGUGACCAGCCGCUGCACACUUGGAGAUCCCAACAAGCUGCCCGAAGGGGUGCCGCAGCCUGCUCGCAUGCCCUACAUCUCCGACAAGCACCCUCGGCAAACUCUGGAAGUCAUCAAUCUCCUCCGGAAGCACCGGGAGCUGUGCGAUGUGGUGCUGGUAGUCGGCGCGAAGAAGAUCUACGCCCACAGGGUGAUUCUGUCAGCCUGCAGCCCGUACUUCCGAGCCAUGUUCACCGGGGAGCUGGCCGAGUCUCGGCAGACGGAAGUAGUGAUCAGAGACAUCGAUGAAAGGGCCAUGGAACUGCUGAUCGACUUUGCCUACACCUCCCAGAUCACGGUAGAAGAGGGAAAUGUCCAGACCUUGUUGCCAGCUGCUUGCCUUCUCCAGCUGGCUGAGAUCCAGGAGGCCUGCUGCGAAUUCCUUAAGAGACAGUUGGACCCUUCCAAUUGCCUGGGCAUCCGAGCUUUUGCUGACACUCACUCGUGCCGUGAGCUGCUGAGGAUUGCUGACAAGUUCACACAGCAUAACUUCCAGGAGGUAAUGGAGAGUGAGGAGUUCAUGCUGCUUCCUGCCAAUCAGCUCAUAGACAUUAUAUCCAGUGACGAGUUAAAUGUUCGCAGUGAAGAGCAGGUGUUCAAUGCUGUGAUGGCCUGGGUGAAAUACAGCAUUCAGGAAAGAAGACCCCAGCUGCCACAGGUCCUGCAGCAUGUCCGUUUGCCACUGCUGAGUCCCAAGUUUCUUGUGGGUACAGUGGGUUCUGAUCCUCUUAUUAGAUGAGGAAUUAAUGCCGGUAAAUCUCCUCAGCCACUUACAGCCUUGGACUGUAGGGAUCUAGUGGAUGAAGCUAAAAACUAUCUGCUGUUGCCCCAAGAGCGGCCACUGAUGCAAGGACCAAGGACUCGACCACGCAAACCCAUCCGCUGUGGAGAGGUGCUCUUUGCAGUGGGGGGCUGGUGUAGUGGGGAUGCAAUUUCCAGCGUGGAGCGCUACGACCCUCAGACCAACGAGUGGAGGAUGGUGGCAUCCAUGAGCAAGAGGCGCUGUGGUGUUGGAGUCAGUGUUCUGGAUGAUCUCCUCUAUGCUGUGGGAGGCCACGACGGUUCCUCUUACUUGAACAGUGUAGAAAGGUAUGAUCCAAAGACCAAUCAGUGGAGCAGUGAUGUGGCCCCCACCAGCACCUGCAGGACCAGUGUUGGAGUAGCAGUUCUGGGAGGCUACCUCUAUGCUGUGGGUGGUCAGGACGGUGUCUCUUGUCUCAACAUUGUGGAAAGGUAUGAUCCCAAAGAAAACAAAUGGACUCGAGUGGCUUCCAUGAGCACUAGGCGCCUGGGAGUUGCAGUGGCUGUGCUAGGAGGCUUCCUGUAUGCUGUGGGAGGCUCUGAUGGAACUUCUCCUCUCAACACUGUGGAACGCUACAACCCCCAGGAGAAUCGCUGGCACACGAUCGCUCCCAUGGGGACAAGGAGGAAACACUUGGGCUGUGCAGUGUACCAGGACAUGAUCUAUGCUGUGGGAGGCAGAGAUGAUACAACAGAGCUCAGUAGUGCUGAGAGAUACAACCCUCGAACCAACCAGUGGUCUCCAGUUGUGGCCAUGACGUCGCGCCGGAGUGGAGUUGGCCUUGCUGUGGUGAAUGGACAGCUGAUGGCAGUGGGAGGUUUCGAUGGCACAACGUACUUGAAGACCAUUGAGGUGUUUGAUCCAGAUGCUAACACAUGGAGGUUGUACGGAGGGAUGAACUAUCGGCGGCUGGGAGGAGGCGUAGGUGUUAUCAAAAUGACACACUGUGAAUCCCAUAUAUGGUAAGCAUCGAGCGGGAGGGAGUCCCCCUGGUCCUCAUCCCUAGAAAAACUGAAGAGACUUGUUGACACUGGACCUCUUUGCAGCUCUAGUUUGCACGGUCUAGCUCCAAUGUAACUCUUUGCCGGUGACUCUUUCUAUGGAAUUAUAAAAAUGACUUCUGUGAGAGUGUGCCCAACGGGAGACCACGUUGUCAGACUCCAGGGAACCACUGGACAAAAGUAGAAGUGUUGCUUAUGUCCGUAUUUUUUCUAAAUAGUCUACAUUUUUUGAAAAAAAACAAACAAAAAACCAAACUGUAACAGUUAUUGUAGCGUAAAGAUGCUGACGUAGAGACUACACUGAUGUAGAGACUACAUGCUGUACUGGGAGUCUGGCAAGGAGGAGGGUUUCCUGCUUCCCCUCCUGCUGUGUGAGCAGUGGCUGUGGCAGCUGUUUAGUGGGUGAAAGAGAAAAAAGUGAUACAGAAAACAUUGCUUUUGCCUUAUUUACAGAGAGCUUCAAAAAAAAAAAGUACUUGACCUGCAAGGUGCCACCUUUGCACAGAAGCUUUUCUGUGCACAGAGUAUAUUUAUUUUUUCAUUUAAUUUGUAUCAUGUAUUUUCUUUGUAUCACUCACAGAGACAAUUCCAGCUUUUUAUAUACAUAUAUAUGUGUGCAUAUAUAUAUAUGUAUGUAUAUGUGUGUGUGCAACUUGCAUUUUGACCAGCUGGUGGUUAGGGCAGGGCCAUGUCCCAUCAGCUGUUGUGGUUCCAACCCUUGUGGUAUAAUUUAGGGUCUCUUAGAGUGCAGGAGAGCAGUGAGGAUGGGUGCCCUGUGACUAUCUUUUCAGUCUUGCUGGAGGCAAGAAGUAGAACUGGAAACUCUCAUCUAUUGACUGAAUCAAUGAAGUGCCCAAAAAGGGUGAGAGAGAAAAGGAUUUCAAACGAUGCCUUUUUACUGUACAGUGUAUGGUACAAAAGUUCAGCUUUUGUCUCUCCUCUCCCCUGUAUGUGAAC